UCCAACUCAGGCAGCAAACAGAAAGCACCAGGGUAAAAUUUUAAUGCUCAAAGGUAAACUCAUCAUGGUCGUACGGGACCAAAGCACAGUGCUGAUAUUCCGGAUCCUUUAAGAUAUUGUUCUAGACGUCGAGGACCAGUACAGGGAAGGCUACAAUCUCGAACUGUAUAUCCAGUUAGGAACACUUACUCAAGCACACUAAAACAUCGUUGAGAAAAUUUGAGACAGAAUGGCAGAAAAAGAGCAACAUGUGAGCGGGAUCGAACUGGAGGAAAAUUCAGAGAAAAAUUCAUCACAAGAUAAUGUUUCCCUGCCCAACUCUCCUCCGCACACCCUUUCACUUCCGAUCAGUAGAAGCAGGCCGCAAUCAAAACAAAAGCUGAUCAAUGUUUCACAUAAAGCACUCAAGUUUUCCUUAUCCUUGAACUUCCUGUCAGCACUGUGUAUGACAUUCUUAAUUCUGGCAGACAUGGUUACAGAUAUAAUACUCAUCGUGUUAUACUACCAAAUGGGGGAAGGGUAUCGCACGCCCGUCUGGGUAGCCAUAGGCAUGUUAAUUCCCGCUCAUAUACUUAUGGCCCUCGUCGACAACCAUCUCUUCGACAGAGUAUCGGAAUUUCCCAUCAUAAAUAAAAUUCCUAGAUAUGCCAGGUUUCUCUUAGACUUUCCAUUGCCGCAUUUAAGGAUGUGGGGCUUGCAUCUGAAGCUUAUCAAGAGAAGGUUCCUCGUCAUGUAUUACGCUUACAAGGCCAAUGAAGAGGCACUGAAUCGGAUGCAAGAGCAGAUCAAUCUUUCUGGAACCAAGACCAUUCCUCGUGAUAGACCCGAUGUGGAAAAGGAAAUGCGGGAACAUAUUUUAUUCUUCCUGGGGGUAGAACCAGUUCUGUCUCGAUGCAAGUUGUUUCAAAGCAUGCUGGAGUCUGCCCCUCAGUUAAUGGUCAACUUGUUUCUGUUGCUGAAAUACCAAGACCUGAAAUCAGAGUUGGCUAUAUGGCAGAUGGUAUCUGGCAGCAUUUCAAUGAUAUCUCUCGUUUGGGGCAUUGUGGCUUAUCAAAAGUCGCGCCCAGGUGGAAGGAGUCGAUCAGCGUGCGCCACGUUUCUGUAUUUCAUUGAAAUGGUCAUGUUUAUGAUAGGCAGGUUGUUGGCACUGGUUUACUGUGCCCUUUGCUUUCAAUACUGGAUUCUUAUUGUCAUUAUCCCCCACGGUGUGGUUUACUUCAUCUCCAGCUGCUGUCGCCUCCGUCAAUCCAACGGUACAAAUGGCGGCAUCUGUUCUGGCAGCUUCAUCAGGCGCUAUGUGAUACGCGUUGCUCUUAGCAUCAUCAGCAUUUUCUGCAUUAUCGAAGAUUUGCCUAUUAUAAUCUUUGCCAUUGUUAGCGUGGUGUACCUCACAGAAAACGUCAUCUUUAUUUCUUUCCCCCUUCUUGUGAGCGACUCUGCUAAUCUCACCGGGACUGCUUUUGGCAAUUCUACGGACGAGGCGAACGCUUUGAACCCAUUUCACAGACACGAUGCUCGACCGUGUGGUGGCAAUGAUCCUUGGUUUUACACCGUGAUGUGUGUUGUUAUCAUCUUUACGGUGUUGAGUCUGCUGCUUCGUGUGGUAGUUUACUGUGGAAAAAAUCGCUGUGAUUGCAAUCUGCUUCAGGAUGACGAUGAAGACACGUAGACUUGAUAUUUAUCAUGAAGAUAGUCAGGAAUGGAAUAAAACUGGACGUAAAAAUAAUAGAUGACGUUGGUAAAAUGCGUAGAAUACACCAAGGGUGUUCAAAACUGUUAGUGGCAAAUUUUCUGCAAAUCGUCACAUUCACAGCACAGAACAAUGACGACUUGUGACUUGAGGGUCAGUGCGAGCUGUUUACCACAUAGUGCCCUGGCCACGUAACUCGAAAGCAUUGCGCACUGCGAAUAGCGACAUCACAUAGAGGCUACAAUAUUUUAUAUGGGGCGAGUAUG